AUGGAUAAAGAAGAGCGCACAGGGAAGAUGAGGAAUGGAAGAGAAAAUUGCUAUGAUAAUAAUAGAGAAGGGGAGGAAAUGAAAUGGAUAGAAAAGAAAAGAGAAGAGAAGAGAAGAGAAGAAAGUUCUGGCUUGUCUGCCUGCCUGCUACUUACUUGCCUACUUGUGUACGUACUUACUACUGAGGCAAUCAAGCAGGAGAAGGCAGUACUGCUGUAA